CCAGGUACCACAGCAGAGUCUUGCAGACACAAACUGAACUGUUUGCAGCAGAAAGAGACCAGGAACCUUUAAUCCCUGAGCAUUGUCUUUUGACACAGAGCUGAGUCUGAUCUAAAGCUCAGCUCUUCUGUUUGUGUUUUCUCCUUCCUGGCCUUCUCGUGAGUUUUAUGAGUGACUGUGCCUGUUGCUGAUCCUUUAUGAAAGAGCAGCAAAAGAUGCUGAAAUUCCAACAAAGAGGCACCCUGGGCUCUCAGGUUGUGGGUGGUUGUUUUCCUUCCCGCUGUGCUGGUGAUUACUGAAACAGAAGGGCUGGCUAAUUAGCUGCAGUGUGUAGUUUGCUUAAAGCAGGCUCAAGCUGGGAUGGAAAUAGCUCUUAGUACUAUCCACAAAUUAAGCCAGUUCAGAACCAGGAGCAGAUUAUACACACUAUCAACCCAGCCACAGAGACCGCCUCUUAGUACUGUUGCAACUUCCAGCCAAAACCCUCACUGCAACAUGGAAGCACGAACACACGAUAUUCCUUUAACGCCUUCACAUCCUACCCAAAAUGGGAAACAAAGAACAGAAUCGAUGGGGAGCUCCUCAGCUUACAACAACAAAUACCUCACGGUUCCUCAAACCCGGUGCUCUGUGCAUUUUGGCAGAAUCAAUGGGGCUUUUGAGCCAUCUGGCUGCAUGGAGACUCACAAUAAAUCUAUAAUUAACAAUUACCUGGAUGAGUCCCAAGGGGAGGCCAGAGGUGGGAUAUCCCCAGGUGGGAUGCAUUUUAGGGACAGCAAGAGGAAAGUGGAUUACGUCUUAGUCUAUCAUUACCGGAAGCGCGCUUCUCAGCACCAGCGAGUCGGUGGCUCCCUAGGUCCCUUGCACAGACCUUCCGCCUUGGCUAUUGUUUCUAAUGGGGAGAUGGGGAAAAGCCACUCUCAGCAGCUGCAAAACCAGGGCCUGAAUGCAUCUCAGCAGCAACGUGUGCAGCCAGUUCCUCAGCUGAUCGAGAUGAGCCCACUGGAUGCCCUAGAGGACGAGAAAUGGGAGCAGAGGGAGGAGUAUGAGUACAACUUGGUGGAAGCCGGACUGGAGAUAGAAAAAGACAUCGAGAAUAAAACCCAAGGAUUGAGCUUUGUGCGGAUACACGCACCCUGGAAUGUGCUUAGUCGAGAAGCAGAAAUUCUGAAAAUAAAAAUGCCCACUAAAAAGAUGUAUGAAAUAAAAGAGGAAGGAGGAAUUCUCAAGAAGCUUUUUGAAAUAUGGAACAAAGUUACAGAACCUCUGCAGCCCAAGGUGCCACAACAAAAUAACACAAAGAUGAAAAGUUUGUCUUAUCCGUUUUCCAGAGAGAAAAUAUAUUUGUACAACAUUAAAGACAAAGACACAUUUUUUGACAAUGGUACCCGCAGUCGAAUAGUACGUGAAAUUUUAAAGCGUACAUCUUGCACAAAAGCCAAAAACAGUAUGGGUAUUACUACAUUAAUAGCAAACAAUGUCUAUGAGGCAGCAUUUCCUCUUCACGAUGGUGAAUAUGAAGGUCAAAAUGAUGACAUGAAUGAAAGAAAGUUGCUGUAUCAAGAAUGGGCAAGAUACGGAGUAUUUUACAAGUAUCAGCCUAUUGACCUCAUAAGAAAGUAUUUUGGAGAAAAAAUAGGACUGUAUUUUGCGUGGUUGGGUUUAUAUACAGAAUUCCUUAUUCCGUCUUCUGUAGUUGGGAUUAUAGUGUUUCUUUAUGGAUGUAUAACCAUGGAAGAUGACAUUCCUAGUAAAGAAAUGUGUGAUCUGCAAAAAGCCUUCACCAUGUGCCCUCUUUGUGACAAGGCGUGUGACUACUGGAACCUCAGCACUGCAUGUGCUACCGCACGUGCCAGCCACUUAUUUGACAACCCGGCAACAGUCUUCUUCUCCAUUUUCAUGGCUCUCUGGGCUACCAUGUUUCUUGAACACUGGAAACGUUUACAGAUGAGACUAGGUUACUUCUGGGAUCUCACUGGCUUGGAGGAUGAAGAAGAGCAUCCCAGACCAGAAUAUGAAACCAAAGUGCUACAGAAAAAACAAAAAAAUGAAACUAAUGAAAAGGAUGACUUAGAUGAGGAGGAAAAAGAGAAGCUAACAUGGAGAGAUCGUAUGCCUGGCUAUUUAGUGAAUGUUGCAUCCAUUUUAUUUAUGAUUGCACUGACCUUUUCAACUGUUUUUGGUGUGAUUGUGUACCGAAUUACUACCGCAGCCGCCUUGUCCAUCAGCAGUAAUGAGUCAACCAGGUCAAAUGCCCGUGUGACUGUGACUGCAACUGCUGUCAUCAUUAACCUGAUUGUGAUCCUUAUAUUAGAUGAGAUUUAUGGAAUUGUUGCCAAAUGGCUGACCGAAAUGGAAGUACCAAAAACGGAGAAGACCUUUGAAGAGAGGUUAAUUUUGAAGGCUUUCCUACUGAAGUUUGUGAACUCUUAUGCACCAAUUUUUUAUGUUGCCUUUUUUAAAGGAAGGUUUGUUGGCCGACCUGGCAGUUAUGUAUAUGUGUUUGAUGGUUACCGAAUGGAAGAGUGUGCUCCCGGAGGCUGUUUGAUGGAACUUUGUAUUCAGCUGAGCAUCAUUAUGCUUGGAAAGCAACUUAUUCAGAAUAAUCUGUUUGAAAUUGGAAUCCCGAAGUUAAAAAAGCUGAUGAGGAAGCUGAAGGAUGACAGGACUGAGGAAAAGGAAAGUGACUCCAACCAUUCAAAGCUCCCUCAGCAGUGGGAUCUCGACUACAUUUUGGAACCUUUCACUGGACUGACUCCAGAGUACAUGGAAAUGAUUAUUCAGUUUGGCUUUGUCACGCUCUUUGUGGCCUCAUUCCCUCUGGCUCCGGUGUUUGCCCUCCUCAACAACAUCAUAGAAGUUCGUCUGGAUGCAAAAAAGUUUGUUACUGAGCUAAGGAGGCCAGACACAGUGAGAGAAAAAGAUAUCGGGAUUUGGUUUAACAUUUUGAGUGGUAUUGGAAAGUUUUCCGUUAUCAUUAAUGCUUUUGUAAUCUCUGUCACAUCUGAUUUCAUUCCACGCCUUGUGUACCAAUAUGCAUACAGUCCAAAUGGAACCAUGCAUGGCUUCAUCAAUCACACCCUCUCAUACUUCAAUGUUAGUCACCUCAAGGCUGGAACUCAGCCAGAAUAUUCACAGUUUGAACAAGAGGUGAUAUUCUGCAGGUUCAAGGAUUACAGAGAACCACCGUGGUCCCCAGAUCAGUAUGAAUUUUCUAAGCAGUACUGGUCAGUCUUAUCUGCUCGUUUGGCAUUUGUUGUUAUAUUUCAGAACCUGGUCAUGUUUCUCAGCGCGCUGGUUGACUGGUUGAUUCCUGACAUUCCUAAGGACAUCAGCGAACAAAUCAAAAAGGAGAAGAGUGUGCUUGUUGAUUUCUUCCUGAAGGAAGAGAACGAGAAGCUGAAACUGAUCGAAAGCUUUCUCUUCCGUGACAAGGACAGAAACAAAAGCGAAACAAAGGGCCGGAGAACCCGAGCGGCAAGCUUCUGCCAGUUUAGCCGGAGUCAGCGAGGCAGCUUUACAUCCGUUAGCUCACAACACACAGAAGUAUGACUUCUUAGGGGAAGGAAAUGUACUAUGAGACAUGCACGAUACUUGUGUACUUGCUGUGUGAUGUGAUCCUGAAACUGGAGUAAGGGAGGGAGAGACUGAGAGGCAGGUAGUGCAGAGGAGGCAGACUGUCACUUCUCAAGAAACUUCAAGUGCAAGUUUCUCCUUAACAUUUUAUGCACUAUCUGUACUGCAGCACUUUGAGCAUUAUUCAAUGCAAAUUAAAGAGCCAGGCUAUAGCUGUGGCUGGCUCUUGCACAGAAGCAUGGGAGAUGGGGAGGGCAGAAUAAAACACCUAGAACAAUGGGCUUCUGGUCUAUGCCUGGACCUCGUUGGUGGUGUAGCAAUGCUAAUAAUAAGUAUCCUUCCCCACUUUUGCAUUCUUGGUGCCAAGACCAGCCACGAUCCCAGUCUCUGCAUUCUCCUGAGUGCAAGGACCGCUACCUGCCAGCACGCUCCUAGAGUAAUAUGUACUCCAAAUGAGCAUGGGCAGUACACCCUACCACCCUUUUUUUUAGCAGAGCUGGCCAGUCACAGAGGGGGCUGAACAUUGGAUCCUCUCAAAGGGUGUCUCAAUAAGCACAUGCCCUCUGCAUACCUGGAGGUUUUAGGAAUAAUUGAACCUUUUGGAUGCACAGUGCCUCAUGGUGCUCUUACUGCAGUGGGGCUCUCCCAUAGCAAGGCUAUGGUUACAGGAACAAAAUUGCAGGAAGAGGGGGGGAAAAUCAGAUUACUGAGCACUUUGGUAUACAGUUGUUUGCUUAGCAGGAGCCUGACUAAUGAGCAGAGGCAGAUUGCAUCAUGAGCAUCUGAAGACGUAAAGAUGAUAGAACUAGCAAAGCGCAUCACAGUUGUUCUGAGCAUAGCAGUCUGGGUCUUAUUCACAACUCACUGAAACCAGUACCUCAGCUGGGACUUCCUCUCCAACUUGUAUCGGUCGGAAGUAACACAGUUGAUCUCAACAGUGGUGUAAUGCUGGUGGAAGUGAAAGUAGAGGCAAGCAUAUGACGAUAUCUUCAUGUACGUUGCUCUGGAAAUAACAAAAAGUUGCUGUUGCACAUUUAUUGUAUAUCAAGAUUUUGCUAUGCAUAACUGUAUUCUACUGACAGAGGAAAACAGAUUCACUAAUUAGGUUUUUAUCUAAAUGCACCUAAUGAAUAAUUUU